AUGAAAAAUUUUGAUUUUGGAGACUGGAUGAAAUUCAGGGAAUUCGAUUUAGGAUCAUUUUCAAACCAUGGGACACAAUAUCUUAUGCAAGAAUUAGGGAUUGAUUCAAUGUUGUACCAGCCGAUGUGCAAUUUACACGAUAAAAUAUACGGAGCAGACCAAUUACAAGAAGGGUGUUCUUCAAAAGAUAUUUUCAUUCCAUUGAUGCCUACGGCUGCAUGCAGAUUUUCAGAAGAGUGUAUGAAUUUAGAAUGUUGUUUGGAUGUUCCUGAGAUCAACAGACAUUUUAAAAUCAAGUUUAUAUUCGAUCCAUGUAACUAUAGAUAUACUGUCAAUUUUGAAAAGUUGACCAUCGAAAACAACUUAUUUGACGUGGAUUUAACUGCAGAACAAAGCAUGUCAUUACGCGGUGUGCUGACUGCAAGAUACCGUGUUGAAGAUUUACCUGUCGAUGGUCUGUAUAAAUUUAAUUUUGGAGUAAAAGUAUGUUUGGACAAAAAUACAUGCCCAGUGGAUAUUCAGAUUCUAAAUGAAACUUUAAUCCCGAAGCCAAACUGUUUCAUGAAACUACAACAGGGAUACACUAUUAAAGACUUCUCCUUGCAAAAGUGGAUCAGCAACUUAAACUCAAAUGUAUCGGUAUCACCUCUUCCAAACAACAUUGCUUCAAUUUUGACAAGUAAAUUAGGCAUUUCCCAAUUUUUGAAAACCGAUACUUGCGCUCAAGGUGUUCAUCCUUACCAACAUCAAGGCUGGAACUUGGGAGAUUGUCCUUUGAAUGUUUCCAUACCGGAUCAUAAGCUGAAAGAAGUUUCAUGUACGAUAACCGGAUCCUGUACCUCACUCACAUGUUGCAUACCCAUUCCAAUACUAAAUAGUAACGUGGAAGUUCAUGUAGAUAUAGAUCCUUGCACACAAAUGAUGAGCCUAGGUGUUGAACGACUCAACUACUCACUCAGUCUAAUAGAUUAUGAGUUUGGCAGAAAAGAAUAUGUUUGGCUUUCAGGAGUCUUGCGACUAACGUUCACUGUACAUGAUAUUACAAGUACACAUGAAUUUCUUGUGUCUGUAAUAUUUGAAGAGUGUUGGGAAUCCGCUGGCAGCUGUUCUAAUCAGAUGAAAUUAUUGGAAAAUCAACGACUCCCCAAAAAGAUUUGUAACUUCAGUACAGGCUACAAUAUUCCAGACUUUUCACUCUCUACAUGGCUGUCCGAGCACGGAAUUAACACAAAUGACAGUCUUAAGCUACAUAUACGAAAAGAUCUCCUUGCUGAUCUAGGACUUGGUGCAUACCUGAACGAAAACGAAUGCUCAUUAAAACAGGCAUGGAAUUCAAAUGGAUGGAUAAGUGAGUGUCCAAAAUCUACACAGCUCUCCUCGCUACCAAAUGGCAUACAAUGCUCGCUUCAGGGUCAUUGCACGUCAGCCAGUUGUUGUGUAUCUAUGGAUCAGAUAGGAUAUUUCCUUCAAGUUGGCAUUGAUAUAGACCCAUGCCUCCAAAUUCUUACGAUACAAAUUGAGCGCCUUAAAAGAGAAAUUCCUUUACUAGAAUAUUCGUAUGGUACCACGGAAGAAUUCUGGUUGUUUGGUAUUGCAAGGAUAAGGUAUCAAGUGUACAAUUUACAAGAAGAAAGGAAAUACCAAGUGAAUAUGGAAAUAAGCAUUUGCCCUGAAUCUUAUUUGCCUUGCAAAGUUUACAACGUUUUGGAUAAUACUAGACUACACAAAACCCUUUGUGAUUGGGGACUAGUAACAAAGCCUUUAGAAUUUUCAAUAACCAAAUGGAUGGAUAACUUCGGAGGAAUUAAGAACAUUAGCAGUCUGCCGGCUUACGCUUAUGAUAUACUUUAUAACGACAUGGGUAUUGCAGACUUUCUCUCUCAAAGCCAAUGUGUUGUCGGCUUACAUCCAUUUACUGACCGAGGAGGCAUAAAUAAUGAAUGUACCGGAUAUUCUAAGCCAACAAAACCACUGGGCCCGUUAUCCUGCCAUCUUAGUUCUACUUGCAUUGAUAUAGAAUGUUGCAUCGACACAAACAUUCUACCUAGAACACUUCACACAUUCCUAAAGAUAGUUGCUUGCCAGCAAAGACUGACUGUUGGUAUUGAAAAAUUUACGUUUGAACUUAAUUUGGUCAAUUACAACUAUGGCGAACAGGAACAGUUUUGGUUACAAAAGAUCGUUCGAGUGGAUUUCCGCCUUUAUGAUUUACAAGAGGAAGAAGCAUAUGUUAUUGAUCUUGAUGUCAGUGUUUGUCUUGAAAGUGGCGCUGCUUGUUCUCUUAAGCAAACUGUAUUUUCCCAAGCUGUUUUACCUAAACCACAGUGUACCCUCGUUGAAGGAUUUAAAAGGAACAAUUUUUCAAUUUCUGGAUGGAUGAAAAACCACGGAUACACACUUGGCCAAAGCAUUUCAGACCUGGAUUAUUCAGCGUUGAUAUCAGAUUUAGGUUUGCCUAGAUAUCUCUCACAAGAAGAAUGCAAACUGCCAGACUAUGCUAAUAAAACAUUAGAUGUAACAAUGUCAAAAUGUGCUCUUAGUCACUUUCUCCAUAGUCUUCCAAGUGAGCUGAAGUGUUAUUUGUCAACAUGCAACGAUAUGAAUUGUUGCCUGUCAGUGAAUCCCAUCGACAGAAACUUCAAUAUAAAAUUCAGUGUGGAUCCUUGUCAGCUGUUAUUAACUGUGGAGAUUGAAGAGUUCAAAGUACAACUGUCUUUGCAAGAUUUUGACUGGAACAAAGAGCAAGAAAUUUACUUGAAAGGAAUAAUAAGAUUAAAAUUUGUUUUGGAAAACCUCGACGGAGAAAAUGCCUUUGUAUUGACGCUAACAACAAAAGCAUGCCUUGAAUCCAAUGGCACAUGUUUGUUUGAGAAAAAUAUUUUCAACAAAGCAAAGUUUUCAAAACGAGUUUGUGAUUACUCGACUAUGCGGGCAUUCCCUAUAAAGGACUUUUCACUACUUGAAUGGAAGUUACAUAAUAAACUCCAAACAGACGUGGCACUUCAAAACCCCUUUUCCGAUAUAUUACUGGAAGACUUAGGCCUGUCGACGUAUAUAACUGACAUCCAAUGUAAAGUUAAUCACACAAAGCUUAAUUCUGGAUGGGAAAAUAGUUGUCCGUAUACAAGUACCAAAGCUUUGCCGUCAAGUAUGUCAUGUACUCUGAAUAGUGCAUGCUCGAAGCUAGAAUGUUGUGUGUUUGUGAAUGCAAUCAACAGAAAUAUCCAAUUUCAAUAUGACAUCGAUGUCUGUAAGUCAACAGUGGAAGUAAAUGUUGAAAAACUACAGUUGAGAAGAUCUAUAUUCGACUUUUUAUGGGGACAGACAAAAAGAUUAAACUUUGGAGGCAUUGUUCGUUUUGACUUUUCCUUCUUCGACCUUCAAAAUGAAAAGAAGAUUAUGUCGAGUGCACAACUGGCUGUCUGCUUUGAAUCGUCCUCAUCAUGUGACAUACAGACGACCAUUCUUGAUAGAGUCCUCUUUCCUAAACAGUCAUGUAAAUGGAAUCGGGAUUAUGUCAUCAAAGAUUUCUCUUUGCAAAAAUGGAUAUCACACGAGGGUUUAACAGCCGGCAAGCCUUUGGAUUCAUAUUACUCCUCAAAGUUGUUGGAUUCACUAAACCUUUCUCCCUUCCUUAACGAAGCAUCGUGCCAAGGAAAUGUGUCAAGAAAUACUUCAUGGACCAUUGAUUGCCCUAGAAGUCUUGCUACCGGCCUACAGAAUUUGCCAAACAACGUGCAUUGCACUGUUGGCCAGAGCUGCACCGAUGUCGAAUGCUGUGUUGAAGUAGAAACAGUGAAUAAAACAUUCCAAACUCUGUUAAAUGUUGACCCUUGCGCACAUCAAAUAACAUUUGAAAUUGAAAAGUUUAAACAUUCAAAACAACUGUUUAAUUACACAUGGGGUCAGACAGAACAUCUAUGGUUAUACGGAGUCAUUCGAAUGAGUGUGUCUGUGUAUAAUCUUGGAGGAGAAGGAAAGUAUAUUGUUAACAUGAACCUAAGCGUUUGCCUAGAAGCCAAUGCUGCCUGUCAAACAAACGUCCAAGUCCUUAAAAACGCUGUUCUUCCAAAGCUCAAUUGUGACUGGGAUGCUGACUUCAUUGACCCAAACUUUGAUUUGGAUAUAUGGUAUAAAGCACAGGGACUUUCUCAAGGCCAGGACUUGACAGAAAAAUACACACAUAUACUGUACAACGACCUUAAUCUGUCACCAUAUAUCGGAGAACCAUGCCUCUUUACCAACAGCUCAUUAAACGUUUCCAACUUAGGAUGGGCAAACGAAUGCCCUUAUGCAAUUGAUCUGCCUAAACUAUUGGAUUCCACAAAGUGCCGAGUCCCAACAUUUUGUACAGGCAUUGAAUGUUGUUCGGAAGUUGGCCUUCUCAAAAGAAAACUAAAUACAUAUAUUUUCUUCCACACUUGCCUGAAUCGCCUUGAAAUUGGAAUAGAAAAGAUGAAGUAUAAUUUGGAUUUAAAUGACUUUGACUUUGGAAUAGAGAAAACCGUCAGCUUACAAGGAGUGUUCAAACUUCGCUUUCUGAUUGAAGACUUGAGAAAUGAAGGUGUUCUUCUGAUGACUUUGGACAUAGAAAUAUGUUACUAUGCAAAGAAAACUUGUUCGGAGAUUAUACAUAUUCUGAAAAAUACCAAACUAAGGAAGCCUGUUUGUGACAUGAGUACCGGAUACAAAAUCAAAGAUUUCUCGAUGAAGAAAUGGCUAGCAGACAAAGGUCUUGUUGCAGAGCAUGUCGAGGCUUUGCCUAUGUCUAUGUUAUACGAGGAACUAGGCAUAUCUACGUACCUAAAAGAAGACGUUUGUAAAAUACAUACAAAUACAAGUUGGAACAAAGAAUGCCCGCUUGAUGUUCAUUUACCUAAACUACAGGAUAACAUUUUCUGUACACUCGGAAAGACAUGCAAUGCCAUUGACUGCUGUAUGCACUCCGCACUUCUUCAGCGUAAUUUUGCAAUGAGUCUGCAAGUAGACCAAUGUAAAAUGACAUUGACAGUUGCUAUAGAGAAACUUACGUUUGAAAUAUCACUGCUAGAUUAUGAUUGGGGGAAAGAGAAUCAAUUCGAUUUGUUUGGAGUUAUUAGAAUGAGAUAUUCCGUUGAUGAUCUACGUGUGUCAGGAAUGUACCUUUUAAAUGUCCAAAUGGCUGUUUGUUUGGAAUCUAGCGACAAAUGUGAAUCAAUUGCUACGGUCCUUAAUAAUACUCUUAUCACAAAAAUGCCAUGUGACCUUGAUCCAGGAUUUGUUAUGCAGAAUUUUUCACUUUCCUCUUGGCUCGCAACAAAGGGAUAUCCACUUAAAAGUUACCUCGGCGAUGACGUCACAUCCGAACUGCUUGAAGUCCUAGGAAUUAUCGGGUACCUUAAUGAAACGCAGUGUAUAAGGAAAUCCCCAACAUAUACACCGUCGGCUUAUGGUUGGAAGAAAGAUUGUUCACUUGGUGUUAACGUAAGUCCUCUAGAAAACAUACUGUCAUGUAACCUCCAAGAAUCAUGUUCUGCCGUUGAUUGUUGUGUGGAUAUUUAUUUGCUGGAAAGAUCUUUUAACGUGAAGUUCAACCUAGACCCUUGUACAAACACGUUAGAAUUGAGCAUCGAAAGGCUGCAUUUUGAUAUUUCUCUCGAUGAUUACGUUCCUGGAUCUCAGUCACGUUUCUGCUUAUAUGGAGUUAUUUGUUUGGACUUCUCGAUAAAAGAUCUGUUCUGGUCUAACAUCUAUAUCGUCGAUCUGAAGCUCAGCGUUUGUUUCGAAUCAUCAUCAUCUUGUCAGGUUGAAAGUCAAAUAUUUAAAUCCACCGUUUUGCCGAAAAAGAUAUGUGACUGGGAUAGUGCAAAUUCAAUACAAAACUUCACAUUGGCGAACUGGUUUUCUGAACGAGGUUUUGCAGACAUGAGCACUCUUCCAUCUUACAUCGCUACUAUACUUGCAAAUGAUAUUGGACUGUCGAUGUAUCUCGGCGAUAAGGAAUGUGAUAGACAUUCAGCACCGUAUCUGUCUAAUUCAUCCAGUUGUUCAUCAGACUGCCCGUUGACAUUAAAAAAUCCAGUGACAAUAAGUAACGACCUGUCUUGUCAUAUACCUUACUACUGCACAGCUGCUGACAUCUGCGUUUACAUUCCACUUAUCAAUCGGAAUAUCCAUGCUUACCUUAGACUCCAUUCAUGUGACGCCUUACUAGAAGUUGGUAUAGAACAGUUCACUUUUUCAGUGGGAUUAUUUGACUACGAAUUCGGCAAAGAACGAGGAAUAGUUCUCAAAGAUGUUUUCAUGCUGAAAUUUCGCAUUGAUGAUCUUACAACAAAGGGAGUUUAUGUCGUAGAUUUAGAUUUUAACAUUUGUUUCACGAACGCCAGUUGCGAACAAUCAUAUGCAAUCUUUGAUCGAACAGUACUUCCGAAAUUGCCAUGCUCCUGGGAUAUGGGAUUUAAAAACCAAUCAUUUUCUCUAAACGAAUGGUUGGUUGAUCGUGGAAUCACAAAAGGAGAUGUGACAGAUGUACAACGAGACCAACUGCUUGAAACACUUGGUGUGGCGCCGUAUAUAGAAGACAAUAACUGCUAUCUUUCUGAACCGCCCUUCUCGCCAUCACAUAACGGCUGGAAUACCGAAUGCCCAUCAGAAUUAUCAUUAACACCCCUGCCGUCAGGUAUAGGAUGCUAUAUUUCUGACAUGUGUACAGCAAUACGUUGUUGUCUUGAAGUUGAUAUCAUUAAAACAUCUGUUCAGUUUUAUGUCACUGUUGACGGAUGCGAAAAACAAUUAACAGUUGGUAUUGAACAAAUGAACACUGUCAAGGACAUCAGUGAUUACAAAUUUGGCUCGUGGGAUCGUUUCUAUUUGAACGGAGUCUACAAGAUAGAUUUCAAGAUUGAAAACUUCCACGGUGGACGUAAAUAUGUCGUAGAUAUGAACGUAAGCGCUUGCUUUGAAAGUCAUGGAAACUGUUCAUAUAUGAUUCCUGUUCUCAAACGAGCUCUUUUGCCUAAAGUAAAAUGCAGUUGGCUGAAUGGAUUCAAUAAUGCAAACUUUUCUCUUGGUACUUGGAAACUCGAGAAUGGUGUUAACAAAGGCUCUGCACUUUCACAGACACAAUUUGACGUACUUGCUAAUACCCUCGGAAUAAGUCAAUACCUUAAAGAUACUGAAUGUGCAUUGUCGUCUGCAAGGCCUAAAGAUGGCUGGAACAACGCGUGCCCUUUGAAAGUGAACUUACCUGCAUUGUCAAACAACGCAGAGUGCUCGAUUGACUCAUCUUGUUUGAAUGUCAAUUGCUGCGUGUUUGUUGGUGAGCUGAAUCGAAAGUUUAGCUUCUCUCUUCAAGUGGACGACUGUAAUUAUCAGAUAUCAGCUAGCAUCGAAAACUUGGUGAUGGAGAGGAAAUUGUCCGUCUUCGAGUUUGGUAAAAAGAUCGUGUUUGACAUGGAUGGAUUAAUAGCGCUACAGUUCAUGGUUGUUAAUCUAGAGUACAAGAACAAAUAUAUGUUAGAUUUAGCUGUAGAUGUACAAUUGGAAGCACACAAACCAGCUGCAAUGUCAGUGAACGUCCUUGACGAUGUGAUCGUACCACGAUUGCCGUGUCAGGUCAAUUCCGGGUUUAUAGCCACAGAUUUCUCGCUGGAUAAAUGGAUGGAUGCUGGCAAUGUCAGUGUCAUUGACGAAUACCAAGCUGUUCAACUGCUAGAAGACGUUGCAAUUGCACCUUUCAUGCUCUCCAACGAAUGCAAAAUGCACAGUGACUCGAAAAUAGAUUCCACCCAUUGCCCUUUAAAUAUUGAUGAUUUACAUGUGUACGGUCCAGCAACAUGCUCACUGACAGAACUUUGUUCCGGUAUUUUCUGCUGUUUAAGAUCUCCUGAAAUACCGGUGAAUUUUCAAAUCGAGGUUCAAAUAGAUGCCUGUAGGGAAGAAAUAAUCGUAGGCUUGGAAAAAUUGAAACACUUAAUUCCGUUCAGAAAUUUUACUUGGGGCGAAAUGCAAACCUUUAGUUUGUAUGGCGUGAUUAAGAUUGAGUUGGAAAUAUCGGAGCCAGUUAAAUCACAGGUAUACAGUGUAAAUCUAAAUGCAAGCAUAUGUCUUGGCGAAAAUGAGACCUGCAGUACAGAAGUUCAAAUUCUUAGAGAGAAAUACCUAACUGCCUUGCCUUGUGAUUGGUCAGCAGGAUUUUUGGACGAAAGUUUCAAAUAUGAUGAAUGGAGAAACAAAUCUCAUUACGACAGCAAGCAGCUCCCAGAAACCGGUGUUGAAUUUUACUUGUCAAAAAUUGGCGUCGAACCUUACUUGAAGACUACACAAUGUGACACUACGGCGCUUCCAUAUAUACCAACAUCUGCUGUCGGCUGGACAUCAGAUUGUCGAAGCAAUGUUAGCUUUCAAACGUUACCUGGUCACACAAGAUGUUUUAUGGAUGGUACGUGCUCCGGAUUUCAGUGUUGUUCCUAUGUUGACAUGAUACAACGAUCAUUUGAUAUAACAUUUAAACUGGAUCCCUGCAGUCAAACAUUAACAAUCGGAAUUGAACGCAUUUUGAAGCAUAUCUCUUUGACAAAGUUUGAGUUUGGUGCACACAACAAGUUUUAUUUGAAUGGCUUUGUUAGACUGGACUUUUUUAUCAAAGACCUUCCAAUUCAACGGGUAUAUGUUGCAAGUGUCAACCUAAGUAUUUGUUUGGACCAAGAAAACUGUCAGACCGAAAUUGAUAUUCUCCGAAAUGACAUUCUACCACAGUCAAUAUGUGAAAUGAAUCCCGGAUACACAGAUAAAGAUUUUUCACUGACCCAGUGGAAGGAAGAUAGAAACAUAUCUAUAUUUGGCACCCUUGAUCACGUGGAAGAGAUAGAACUGAUGACAGAUUUGGGUGUUUACCCAUACAUGAUGGAAACGGAGUGUGCAGUAAUAAACAGCAAUAUAUCUCAAGUCUGUGGCGCUGUCCCGACUUUCCCGCCAGAAUGCAGUUUAUCUGACACGUGUUCGAGAAUAUCGUGCUGCAUACAGUCUGACACUUUACAACGGCGAAUUUUCUACGAGCUGGAUUAUGACAGAUGCAAUCAUUUGAUAAAUAUCACAAUUGAGACAUUCAGCAGGACAUUGUCACUCUAUGAUUUUGAAUACGGGAAAGAAAUGACGAUUUCAUUAUAUUCAGCGUUAAAGGUGAAAUUUAUGGUUGACUACCUGGUGAUGAGUCAGUCACACGUUAUUUCUCUCAAUAUCAGUCAAUGUUUUGAAUCCAAUGAACCAUGUACGGAAGUUGUCGAAGUUCUCAAAGAACAGAAAUUUUCAUCCGAGGAUUGCCCUAUCAAUAAAAACUAUAGGAAUGACGAAUUUUCAUUGACGGAAUGGGCAUCACAUAGGAAUAUGAACGCCACUAAACUACCGGCAUAUGCAAGAAAGGUCCUUCAUCGCGACCUUGGAAUAAGUCAGUUCUUGAAGGACAGUGAGUGCGUUGUGAUGCCGUACAAUGAUUCGUAUGGUUGGAAUUCAGAUUGUGCUGAUAACGUAACUUUACUCAACAUAACUGACGCGGACACGCGAAUAUCGUGCAAUUUACAAACAUCUUGUUCAGAUCUGAAUUGUUGCUUCCAUGUCGACGAAAUUCAACAUACAUUUGAGUACCAAUUUCUCUUUGAUCCUUGUGAGCUCAAGCUUACUGUCGGAAUAGAAAAACUUCAUCACGAAAUACCACUGAAGGAUGCAGCGACUGGUCAUUACUUAACGAUGAGUCUGAAUGGCUUCCUACGCGUGGAGUUUAUGAUUGACGACAGCACGGAAAAUGAGUACACGAUCAACUUACGAUUCAAAGUGUGUAUGGAAAGUGCAUUCGAAUGCAACCGUGACAUUGAAAUACUGCGAAAUCACGUUGUUAAACGAAAAUGUGAAUUUAACCCAACCUUUCAAAUACCAGGCUUCUCAUUAGAUAGCUGGAAAUCUAACAAUUCAUUGCCACCAGAUGCUGUACUGACAGACAAACAAAAAGAUGAACUGAUGCAACAAAUGGGCUUGAAUCAUUUUCUUCUGAAGGAACCGUGUGAAAUAAAAGCUAAUGUAACAGGAGAUGGUCUUGAAGUCAUUCACUAUGAGCCGAAUGCUUCUUGUAUAGCUACAAAAGAUAAAGAGAGCUACGAUUGUUGUAUUGAGUCAAAAGUCCUUGGAAGAAAUUUGUGGAUGAACUUUACCCUAGACCCGUGCAAUUACCGAAUGGAGAUGAAUCUGGAAAAUAUACAACAACAAUAUGCUUUGCUUGGUUAUGAAUGGGGAACAUUGCAUUUAUUGUCGACUAAAGGUAUCUGGCGCACAGAGUAUAUGGUGACAAACGUGCAGUCACAGCGCGAGUUUGACCUAGAUAUAACGCUUCAUCAAUGCUAUGAGACAACGUGUAAACACUCACCGUUCAUCGUUGCUAAAGACAUCCGUAUACCUUAUCCCACGUGCGUAAACGUCACCAAGAAUGAUACACGUCAACCAUUUUAUGGAAUAACUCAUGACUUCUGGAAACAGCCGAUAUGCACAGCUGAAAACUUAACCGCAUCUACAAGUACAUGUAGUCCUUUACCAGGCGAGCUUCAGAACAUUUGUGCUUGGUCCCUAGAUUGCUCAGGAAUUCAGUGCUGUACGGAAUUUUAUUUCAGUGAGGGUAAACGAAAUGUUAUGCUAGAAUUUCAACGUGUUUGUGCCGAUGACAAGUUUCAAUAUGGAAUUGAAAACAAGAAAUGGAUUAGACCUAUUACAGAACUAAGCAGUCCUAUACACGAGGAUAUAGCUGAUGCAAUCUUCAUUGACAUGAAUGUAACCAAUACAGCAUCCGUAAGCUACGACGUAUCAGUUACCAUAACAGUAUGUACAGGCACUCAAAAUUCAUACGACUGUCAGCUCAACUUCCGAAUGGCGCAGAAAUUAACAUGCGCAGCUGCUGGCAGACGACGACGACGUCAAGCCGUCCAAGAUGUUGUUACUCUUGGAAUGGACAUAAAAGAAGCAGUGACUAUUUUAUUGAGCCAAGGGACAUCGCAAGAAGAUAUACAGCAAUUCAUUAACGAUGCUAUCAAAUACCAGAAUGACCAAAAAGCUCAAGUAUGGGAAGGCGAAGAAUUAAGUGACUCAGAUGCUAGCACGGGCUAUGCAGCUACUGUAAAGGCAUUAGGAGAGCAUAACCCGCAAAACUUGAAACACAGAAAAUCAGAAGGCUAUGUCAAAGUAGAUAUUAAGGGCGCCGAUAAAAUUGUGGAUAUGAUCGGAAAAGUAAAUGACAUCGUUACCCGUGCUGAUCAGUUGUUUGUUGUCGGAAAGGGACUUUCAAAGAAAGGGACGGACCUACUCGGAGCAGAGCUUGCAAAUAUGACUAUCGGUGAUUUAGAAGCAAUGCUCGAAACCAAUAAAGUCGAUCCAACGAUGAUUGGGAAACUAGUCCAUGAUUUUAUAGAUCUUGCUAAAGCCUUGUAUUCGGAAGUUGUAGAAAAGAUAUUUUCUGGAGGCCUUGGCAAUCCUUUCAAAUCAUUUGACAUCUCAUUGACUGGACAAUUUGCUAUACCGAGGAAGAAUAUAAAUUUCUUUGAAUUCGAUCAAAUAUUUUACAUUGGAGGUUUCAUAUCGGUGACAUUUUCAUUUGGGGCUGGAGGCUAUUACGGAUUGAGUCUUGGAUGGGAAGGAAAACUUAUUGCUCAAACAGCCGGAGCAACUGUCGUACCUUAUGGAGGCUUGACCUGUUGGGGAGAAGUUGGUGUAGGUUUCUUACUCUAUGGCAAGCUUCGGCUGGAAGGAGAUAUCAUGGACCUUAGGUUUCCUACUCGUGCUGAAAUUGGAUUUUCAAAAUUCCCAUUGGAUGUCACAUUGAAAAUGGAUUUGGAACUUACUCCAGUUAGACUUCGUUUAAUUGGUCUAGUAACGCUUGAAGUGAAUCUGUUAUUUGCGAAAAUUAAAAAGACGUUGUUCAGUAAAAAUAUUUGGGAAUAUUCAACCGCAACUAUAAGAAAGAAUAUGAUCGACGUUUCAACGAAGGAACCAGAUGAAUCACCACCACAGUUUGCACCUGUAGUAAACAAGAAAGGGAAUCGCGGGAAAAGGUCAACCUCUACGUGUGACAUAAGCCAGAUAAAGAACAGAGAUUACACCGAGCCAGCAUUUGAGAUAUCUGUAUCAGCAGCAGAUGACAGAAGUAACGUUAAGUUUUUCCUAGACGUAGGAACAUUCCCUGCCGGAAGUAACGUUGUAAACAACCGUCAGCUUGGUGGAUCAUCAACUGUCUUAGCAACAGCGGCAGACGAAUAUCCGUCCGGAGAGCCAUUGUAUUACACGGUUAAUGCUGAAAAUAGUGCUGGCACUAGAGCAGGAGUAACAUGCAUGCUUACAACUUACGAUACUACAGAGCCUACCGCGAGAAUUUCACCAGCAUUCCUGUCAACGAGCAAUCCGAAUGUAAUUAAGGCAUCAGUGUUAGUUCACGACGACUCCCUUAUCACUGAAGCGUACACAGGUGUCGGAUACGGUAAAGGGAGUUACGGGGAUCAGAUAAUUCCGUGGACACAGCGAAAUCUUCACGAACGACCACAUGUCCCUUCAGGUGGUGAUCCUUUAAAACAGUUUUCCGACUUAGAAGAUGGAAAAUUUGUAUCACCUGCUAUCUCAACAAAACAUAAAGUAUCGACAGCAACUGCUUGUGCACAAUCCUGUCUAGCACUUGGACACUGUGUUAGUUUCAAUUAUGAUUAUGGCCCUAGUGGAACAUGUGAAUUGCUUCGGUCAGUCAGACAAUUUGAUGACACUCUGGCACAGUCCGGUCUCUUCUGUCAUUUUGAACGGCUGGCAAGUGGUCACACUGUCGAGGUCAACAGUUUUAACCUUGAUAUGCGACACAAUCGAUUACAUUAUGUGAACAUUGACCUCAAGAACGUUCUAGGCUACAGGUCAAUUAUUCCAAGUGCUGGAAUACUGACAGACUACACAUGCCCAGAACCUGGGCCUAUCGUAAAUUCUUCGAAAGAUGCCUUGACCAUAGAUGAUUGCCUUUCACUGAUACCCCCAGACCGCCCAGAUCUUAAUCGAUACUGUAUUGGUAUAUAUUCCAAGAGGCUAAAUCACAGGACCAUUAUUGACGGAGAGGGCUCAAGAACGGUUUUUAAUGGCGACAAACCGGUGCUUGAUCUGAAAUAUACCAGAAGUAAUAAUUACAUCGCUGGCAACUGGGACGGUAUAACAGAUGACGAAACUGGAAUACGAGCAUAUGCACUUUCAGUUGGAAGACACAUUUGUGAAGAUUCUAUCCAUCCUCAUCACGACCCACAUAAACAUUUAAUGCACGAAUCACAAUGGACAAACAUGGCGAUAAUGACGGCAACCGCCGAUUAUAAUCCGUUCCCACUACCAUCUGGGAAGUACUACGUUACUGUCAGGGCGAUUAAUAAGGUUGAAUAUGGUGGACCACUUGCGACAACAAUCUGCCAUACCGUACCGUAUAUAAUUGAUAUAACAAAUCCAUUCGUAUACGAAAUCUUUGACAUCAAGUAUGACGAAUUGCAGUAUGUUAUAUCAGCUGAACAUAACUCAACGGACUUUGAAUCUGGUAUAGACACAAUCGAGCUCUGUAUUGGAGACAAUCCGAGAAAUUGUGAGCUAUUGAAAUGGACAAGAAGACCAAAGUCGCAAUACAUUAAUUAUACACAUCAUAUACCUGACGGUAUCCCAGCUUGGAUUCGUUUACGUGUGACAAAUAACGUUGAGUUACACUCUGUCGGAAGAGCUGAUCAAGCUAUCAUUGUCGACGCUAGUCCGCCAAUAAAUGGAACUGUUUUCGAUGGUCCAUUGUUUAAAGAAGAUUUACAAUAUACAAAGUUUUCCAAAAAGAUCUGUUUGAACUGGUAUGGUUUUUACGACCCCGAGUCCGGAAUUUCCUCUUAUGAAAUUGGAGUAGGGACAUCACCAGGAUCGACCGAUGUAGCUGAGUUGAAAACUCUAAAACAGAACGAACACUCGUAUUGUGUAGACUUGGAUGAGAAUUCUACACUGAUCCAUGAUCAUGUUUAUUAUCCAAUUGUAUGGGCGAAUAAUGGAGCCAUUAACCAAAAGAACAUUUCAGGGAUAUCAAAUGGAGUACGCGUUGACUUGACAAAACCUAUUGCUGGAAAAGCCGUUGAUGGAACGCUAAACAAUUUGACGGAUGUGGAGUUUAGCUCAUCCAAGUCGACAGUGCAAGUACAGUGGGAUAAUUUUUAUGAUAGAGAAUCAGGUAUUCGAGAAUAUGACAUACUGGUUUCAGAAAAAGGAAACAAUAGAAUUUUUUUUAAUAUAAAUUUUUUUUU